AAGAUCUACCAUGGCUUUCCUCGCAGUAGCUCUUCUAUCUAUUAUAGCUCACCUGGCUUUAGGUCAAGGUUGGGGUCAGAGUAACGCCGGACUUGGUCAAGGUAAUGCAGGACUUGGUUUGGGACAGGCAGGGGCUUCUUGGGGUCAAGCCGGACUUGGUCAAGGUAAUGCAGGACUUGGUUUGGGACAGGCAGGGGCUUCUUGGGGUCAAGCCGGACUUGGUCAAGGUAAUGCAGGACUUGGUUUGGGACAGGCAGGGGCUUUUUGGGGUCAAGCCGGACUUGGUCAAGGUAAUGCAGGACUUGGUUUGGGACAGGCAGGGGCUUCUUGGGGUCAAGCCGGACUUGGUCAAGGUAAUGCAGGACUUGGUUUGGGACAGGCAGGGGCUUUUUGGGGUCAAGCCGGACUUGGUCAAGGUAAUGCAGGACUUGGUUUGGGACAGGCAGGGGCUUCUUGGGGUCAAGCCGGACUUGGUCAAGGUAAUGCAGGACUUGGUUUGGGACAGGCAGGGGCUUCUUGGGGUCAAGCCGGACUUGGUCAAGGUAAUGCAGGACUUGGUUUGGGUCAGGCAGGAGCAUCUUUAGGCCAAGCUGGACUUGGCUCUGCUGCGAUUGGAUUUGGUACCGGCGGCCUUGUAUUUGGUACCCAAAGACUUGGGAUUGGCAGCUCGGGUUGGGGUCAAGUAGGAGCAGGAUGGGGCCAGAACUUUGUCAACCCUUACCAGAAUACGACCAUCACAUGCACUGGAACAGCAACAGGUUUUGCUAUGUCUCUGACCCUGAAGAGGAUGCAGCCAACUUUGGGAGGAUGGGGUUUUGGUCAGUCUCGUAAUGGUUUGUCUGGAUCUGCCGUUCUGAGGACCACAACCGCGUCAGGAACUUACAACCUUGUUAUCACUGAGAGAUCUCGCGUGGAGGCAGGAUGUACUGCUGAUGGACUCGGGCCUGUCCUUGGAAGCAACGUUUGGGGCCAACAGUGGGGUCAAGGUCUUCGUCAACAGUGGGGUCAACCAUGGGGACAGCAGUGGGGACAAGGAUGGGGUCAGUCAUGGGGCACUGGAACGACCACCACCCCCGGAGUUGUCACCUCUGUCACCCUCACCACCAACCAGGAGACUAUCGUUGACUUGGGCUCUGCCAACCUACCAUUCAGACAGCUCGAGAGAUACGGAGGACGUGGAAUGGCUCUGUGUACAUCCUUGACCACUGGCACUGAUGGACGUCAAGUGUGUGUGGAGCCUAUCCUGGCCUGCUGCAAGUUGGGAUUCGACAACAUGGAUGCUGUCACACCAACACCUCCAUAAACAGAAAGAGUUAUUUGAAAGCUGCAACCGGUGUGUCUGUUGUGAAAUGUCAAUUUAGUUAAAUUAUAAUAUAAUUUAUCAUAUGUUCAUCUCAUGUGACAUAACUACAUCGGUUGUAUUCAUAUCAUUGCAUGUUCUGUUCAUCAUCAGUCAUUAUCUAUUACUAAAGCGCAGGGAGUAUUUAUUUUACAAAUAAAAACUACGAAAACAA